GACAACAACAACAACAACAACAACAACUCCAAUGCUAUUCACCUUCUCGGGUAGCUUCAGACGACGCGUUGAGAUUGCGUCAAUCAAGUUCCUGUGAGGCGCCGUUCCUCCCGCAGUGCCCGGGAUAGAGCAAGGUCGUUAAUUUUCGGUUCCGCUAAUCCCGGAUGCGUUUACUUUCCAAUUUUCAGGACCUAUUGUCAUUUCGCAGAUCAGCGGCCGGGCACGCGCUAACGAGGCGGAUCCGAUCGGUAUGAUAAGCAGGGGGAGGGGGCUAGUUGAGAUUCUUCGCUGAUGUGAUUUCACUUUCUAGAGGAUUCGAAGCAGAUUUCGAUCGGAAAGCCGAUAUUGGAAGAGGUGUGAAGUUAUGAGUUAUUUGUAUGAAGGCACAAUCUAACGAUGGGUGUUAUGAUUUUAAUAGCCACAGAAAGCGCCGACUGCAGUAAAGGCUCGACGUGAGGUAAUUUCUGUCUUGAUCGUCCAUUGGAGGCAAAAUCUUGACAAUUCAUUUACGUGGCACAAAUAAGUCUAGAUAACCUUCAUGUUCAGGCCGACCUGUGACCCGGUAGGUCGUAACGUGAAGAAAAUAGUCUUCUUAACAAAUGGUGCCUUAUCAGCUUUAGACAUAAGCUGUCUAACCGCUUAAACCAGCUAAAUAUCGCUGUCGAGUAAGAAUGUAUACUCAGAAUUUAAGGGUUGUAUGUAUACUCCUCCAGAUAUCAUAUAAUGUUGAUUUUUCAAAUGAAAAUUUGAUAUUUUGUAACAUUGCAGUUCUACGGCGAACCUAGUAGAAAGAGCGGGAAUCGAAGAUCAACAAAAGUAUUGAACAUAAAUCCAUUAUUCAGACCCUUCAAAAGCCAAACAGACUAGUUUAAAGCUAGCUAGGCUUAAUGCGAUCGCGAAAACAUUGUAUUCUAUGGUAUGAACUGCAAUAAGCGCUUUGAAAGAAUCUUCAAUAUCGAUUGAAACACAUUUAGACUUCAUUGUAUUAUCACAGCUCUCAAAGUUCACACUUGUAGACAUACGAGGGGAUUUAUAUCAAGGUACGCUGAUAUCUACAAAACAUGUAUAACUUGAGUAACUAUAAACUGAUAUUACUACCAUGCUGUAAUGUUAGAACCAAGGACUGUUUACAAUCUUUUUGAAUUUCUCCUUUUCGAGAUAUCUGCUCAUCUGAUUUAGUACAUCACACAACUCCCAUCAACGCGUUGUUAUGAUUGUCCAAUUUUUGGACUCCUCCAACCAUUGUCAGCAACAUAAAGUAUCCAUUAAUACCUUAAAAGGGUCAAGGAACCAGUGCCCAAGGUUGAUCAAUGCUUUGUUUAGCGUUAACACGAGAUCAUUUCCCCAAUUCUUGUACAACAAACGCGGUCCCUACAAGCCGAAGAAGCUAUUCUGAGCGAACCAGUAACCAUGGCAACCAUCUUAGGCGUCAUAGCGCGCAGGCGCGUGUGUACAGACAGAUCGCUAAUCGGUUCCGCACGCUUGUCAACCGCCAAGCGUCGUUGGCGUAAUCGCUUGCCAGGGAACCUUGCGCGAACCUUGCGCAGUAAAAAGGUUCGCUCCUCAAGGGAGCAGAGCACUCCAUUGUGCCAGUAGAAAAUAGCAUAAUUUCCCUCCCCCCCCCAAACGUUGACGUGCCAUCGGGAAUGCAGUUUGUGUCGCGUUGCGUUGUUCAAUCACCUUCCAAAGUCGGAGCAGACCACACAAACAGUCAGGCAACCGUUGCAAGUGCAGCUCCCGAAGUAAUCGGUGUUGGUGCUCGUUUUAUUUGUGUUGCCUUCUGCACGGGACCAAACCAGCCGUUAACGCGACCAUCCACCGAUAUGAUAAUGGGUGCUUGUGCAAUCUUUCAAUUCACGCGUGCUCCACGAUGUGGUGAUGGUCCCGCUCCACACACACACACCUGAUCGUCUUCGCGAUCGCUGGAGGGAGCGAUCCGUGACAGAAAUAUUAUUGUUUUGUGCGCACCCGUACUUGUGAGUUGAUUAAAAUAAUUGCAGCCGAGCUGUCUCGGUCUCGGUGGGCACACGGGGACGAAGAAAAGGCGCUGCAUUAAGUUUAGCCAAUGCCGUGGAGUGGAGAUGAAAGGAAUGUGCUUUAAUGCCCUUUGCAUCUUUUCUAUUGCCGUGUGCUCACGACACCACACGUGGCAAUAAGGGAAUGUAAAAAUUGAAAAAAAAGGUAAAGCUGAAAAGAAAUUGUUUUCCUCCAAAGAUUUACGGCGUUGGCAAUAAACUUGACAUGUCUCGUGCUCGUGGCAGCUUACGUGUGUGCGGGGGAAUGUAACGAAUUUUUAAGACGUCAUUUUCACCCCACCCAAUGCCGACUAGGUCAACAAAGCCCGAAAACAACCGACAGCCGGCUGGACAGGCAUCGGCAGAGUGUGUCACCCAUCCAGCGGCACAGCGUUUCGGCGACAGGCAAAUUUCACCCUCUACCAGAACCAUCCAAAUCCUCCCCGCGGGUGGGUGGGUGGGGAUGUUGGAAGAAAAAGUAAAACCACUCUUACCGCAUCCAUUAUUCAUGCAUUUCUCUUUUUGCAUGCACGCACCGCACACGAGGGACGGCGAGAAGUAUGGCGGCGUGAAAGUGCACGGUUGGUUGGCGUCGAUACCAGCACACGAAGGAAGCAGGCAGACACACACACAAAAUGAGGAUCCCCUAAAUGCCUUACGAGCAUGAUGAGACUUACGUGAGGUCUUCCUUCGCUGUUGAUGAUGAUCCAUCGAUUUUGAUGGUUGUGCUUUGUGCCUUCCUUCCUUUUGACAAACUCCGAAAUCAUAUAUCCGGGGGAGAAAGACCGUGGUAGUGCUGCGGAGAGUUGAAACAUUAAAUUCGCAUCAUUAAGCAGACAACAGCAAGCAAGCGGUCCAAAAAGCCCCGCAGGCCUGAGAUGUGACCCACAUUUCCGCAAUCGAAACUGAUCGACGGACAGACGGACACGCCAAAUCGUUGGGCCUAGUGUGUGUGUGUCCGAAACGCAGCACAUAAAAACGGGUUUUCUUUCAUCACACCCGAGGAAGAAACACAGCAAAUGGCAAAGUUUGCUAAAGACCCGGUUUACCAGCCAAACGGAGGCCUGUUUUUUGUGCUACUGAUGAUGCAUCUUCCGUGCAACGAAGAUUUGCUUGGGUUUGAUUGCGAGAUCCGAACACACAGAGCUUUGUCCGGCUUAUCCAAGCAGCGUGCUCUGGUGAGAUACAGCCUUUGUUGCAAAGUUCCAUUUCUUUGUUGUGUCCGGUGCUCCAAUCGCGAGAUCUCCAACAUGAGAAAACACAUUUUUCCAACGUCCACCCCAGAUCAGACAAUGCGGGAACAAUGCGCUACAACAUGUUCUCAAGCGAUCAUGCUCCCAUCUGAUGCUUUAUCGCUUCGCACCGGGAGCACGUCCGCGACUCGGACCGAUCGCUGGACCGACGACCUAAUUGCAAGUGUGCAAAAUGCCACACACGCGAGCGUAUGACACAGUUUAAUUUAUCGAUGCAAUCACAACCGUCACCAACCACCGGUGACCAGUGAUGUUAUGCAAGACGUAGGACGUACGAUCGGGCGGCAAAAAGCGACGAUCGCAACCCGUUUGCGCUGCCAUCGUUCCUGGUUGCAGCUAUUUAGCUAUCUCCAACCUAGAAUGGAUAUCUCGAGUGGAGAAAAAUGUAGGUUACAGCUGGUGGAAAACUCUCCAGCACUGGUCCAGGUGGUCGUGAUCGAGGUGUACAGGAACUAUGCGUGAUGAAUUGCGAUCACUUCCCGUAUAAAACUCCCCGUUACAAACAGGAAAUGAUGGUAGUGUCCGUAGAAGGGCAUCGCAACAGAGGGCCAGCGGGACAUGAAUAUUUAUCAAAACAUAAUGUCACUUUUCAUCUCCACGGGCUCUCCGGAUGUUGGAUUAUCAAAGCCUAUGUGCGUUACGUCAAACCUUGGGAUUGUAAAUAACUCCACAGCACAGAUUACAAACUGUGCCCGUGUGCCCUUGGUAAGGCAUAGCGUUAGGGCGAGUAUUUAUAUUAUGAUGAAUCAUCAACAAGAAGUCCAUAGUAUCAGGCAAGCUUCCCCGCUUAUACUUACUUUCUUUGUAGCCCUAGUAGGAAUGCAGGAAGUUAGCGCGGUACAGAUGUUGUUUGUCAAUGAUCUUUCCGUAUUUAAGACCAGCUAGAAGCUCUGCGUUUCAAGAACUCAAGGCUUUGUUGUCGGGCUGAGGCGUCGAAACUGAUAAGGUUGCAUGUUUGUUUAGAUAUUGAUUUGUCACGGGCGUUGGGGCGUUGCGCGAGAUUAUUAAAAUGCUCCACACAAUAUAUUAUGGCUCCGAUGAGGCACUCAUUGUACAAAGGGUUAUAUAUCAAGUCGUGCUGUCUUUGUACUGCUAGUGGGUGUGUGUGUGUGUGUUUGCAAAGAAAGCAAUUCUAGAGAGCGUACGGUUGCGUGUUUGUGUGUACUUCUUCCCCACCGACUAGUCUAUAAUUGCGCUAAACCCACUCUGCAAAUUACCACAACGUCCUUGGCGUCGAUCGGUCGACGACUGCCAAGAAGCCGUGCAGUCCAGCUUCAGAGUGUUAUUAAGAACUUCAACAAAGAGCGACAAGAUGAGCCAAUAUUACUUCCCGAUCGUGUUCAUAGUACUGCUUGAGAUACUGCGCCUGGCACAGUCACAUCCGUUUCUGUUCAACUCGGGUAAUCACCGCCCGCCGGUAGAAUGGAAGACGCCGGAGGAUAACUGGACGGCGGAGGCAGCACCGCGCAGCAUCUAUCCGCUGCUGCAGAAUCAGAACAACAAGCACCAGCUACCACCACGGUACGCGGUGAUCGAGAGCGACGAGGACGAGCAGCUGUUAAGGCGUGCACACGAGGCGAAAGAGAAUGCAACCGCCCGGACGCUAUUCUACUCCCCCAAGGAGGAGUCGCAUCUGCCGCCCCUGCUAACCAAAACGAUCAAGUACUUCAAUCUGCAGCAGGUUGCGUUCGAGCUGGAAACGAGCGUCAUGUCGCAGGUCUCCUGCACCGCGUGUAAGGCGGGCGCUGGACUACUGCAGCACUACAUACGCACCGGGAAAAGCAAGGAAGAGAUCAUCAAAAUGAUUUACCAGUACUGUGUGCAGCUGAAGAUCCAGUCGGCACGGGUCUGCGAAGGAGUGAGCCAGCUGUUCGGGGUGGAGGUGAUCUACGUGCUGAAGCGCAUCACGAUCGGGCCGGACGAGAUCUGUAGCUUCAUCAUCGGCGACGCUUGCGGAGACAUUUACAACCCGUACCACGAGUGGGAGGUUGAGUUCCCGCCCGUCCCGAAGCCGGACCCACGGGAGCUGGGUCUGCCGAAGGAAGCGGCCCCCGUUUUCAAGGUGCUGCAUCUGUCCGAUACGCACUUCGAUCCGUACUAUGCGGAGGGUUCGAACGCGGACUGCAAUGAGCCGCUGUGCUGUCGGCUGACGAAUGGACGACCGACUACACCGAACGGUGCGGCUGGCAAGUGGGGUGACUAUCGAAAGUGUGACACGCCGAAGCGAACGGUAGAUCACAUGCUGAACCACAUCGCUGAUACGCACUCGGACAUUGAUUUCAUCAUCUGGACGGGUGAUCUGCCACCGCACGACGUGUGGAAUCAGACCAAGGAGGAGAAUUUGAAGGUGCUGAAGGAGACGGUGACGCAGAUGACGGAGAAGUUCCCGGGUAUACCGAUCUUCCCGGCGCUGGGUAAUCACGAGAGUGCCCCGGUGAACAGCUUCCCGCCACCGUACGUACAGCAGGUGGACAGUUCGAUCGCGUGGCUGUACGAUGAGCUGGAUGUGCAGUGGCGGCGUUGGUUGCCGGCAAGCGUCUCGCACACGGUAAGGCGCGGUGCUUUCUACUCGGUGCUGGUGCGUCCUGGGUAUCGAAUCAUCUCGCUCAACAUGAACUACUGCAACAACAAGAACUGGUGGCUGCUGCUCAACUCUACCGAUCCCGCUACCGAGCUGCAGUGGUUCAUCUACGAGCUGCAGAGUGCGGAGUUUGCGGGUGAAAAGGUGCACGUGAUUGGACACAUUCCCCCGGGGCAUUCCGAUUGUCUGAAGGUGUGGAGCAGGAAUUACUACAAAAUUGUGUCCCGCUUCGAGAGCACCAUUACGGCACAGUUCUUUGGCCACACGCACUUCGACGAGUUUGAGGUGUUUUACGAUCCGCACGAUUUGAGCCGGGCGACCAGCAUCGCGUACAUUGGACCAUCGGUGACGCCGUACAAUGAUCUGAAUCCGGGCUAUCGGAUCUACUACAUCGAUGGAGAUCACGAUGAAACUACACGGCUAGUCGUAGAUCAUGAAUCGUGGAUCAUGAACCUGAAGGAGGCUAAUCUCUACGAUUACCCCAUCUGGUACAAGCUGUACUCGACACGGGCAGCGUACGGCAUGAAGGGUCUGCGACCCGCCGACUGGGAUCAACUGAUCAACAACAUGACUGACAGUAAGGAGCUGUUCGAUCUGUACUACAAACACUACUGGAAGGCCUCGCCAGUGAAGCCGGAAUGUGAUUAUGAGUGCCGCAAGCGCAUCCUGUGCGACGCGAAGAGUGGACGAUCGCACGAUCGCAAGUACUUCUGCGAGGAGGUGGAGGCGAAAAUCGACGAAAGCAACAAGGGCUGGAAGGAUUGGCUCUUCAGCUCGAUUAGCUCUUCCAGCAGCAGCAGCGGCAGCAGUAACACUGUUUCGAACGGUAACCAUGACACGAUCGCACAUCAACAUGAACAGGAGGUGGCGGAAGCGUACGAACGCAAUAGACGGCUGCCUAGCGUGCAGCUGGCUGCUGGGUGAAGAGGGACGAGCAAAGGGUUUGUGGUGUUUAAUAUGUCGACAUUAAUCUUCUAGAGCCGGUGAAAUUUACCCAAUGUGUUUAGUUGUAACCUUAAUCCAGCUGAGCUAUGAUCUAUAGUUAUGGCUGACGUCAUAGAAUAUGUGUAUGUUUACGUGUAUGUACUCCCCUCCAAGGGAUGUAAAUAAAAUAAGUUUUAUGCAGCAUUUUAAA